CAUUCAACAACCAACUACCUAAGGCGCAAGAUGCACCUUUACAUUUUAGUCGUCGCCUUUUUGAUUGACGUCGCUCACGCGGGACCUUUGAGACGGGAAUCUAGUGCGAGUAACCAAAUUAUUUUGAGCUACAAAACGGACACUCACUCCCGUCACGAAACCGGAAUACCCGGACGCGCCGUGCAAGGAUCGUACAGUUACAUCGGUGGCGAUGGUCGGUGGUAUAAGGUGACCUACGAAGCGGACGAGAGAGGAUACCGGGCAAAGAGUGAGCAAUUACCUUGGCCACUUCAACCGGUAGUCAGCCCACUGCCGCCAGUCCAUCAUUCGGAUAUCACCGUGAAACCAGCCCCAACAGUCGUCCAUAUCAAGGAUGAGGAACCUGCUGUGGUGGAAAUGAGCGAAAAAGAGCCAAUUAAAAAAUUACCAGCAACUCAAAUCACUUGGAACAAUACAAAGUCAAACGUGACACUAAAAGAUGACAAUGUUUUAAAAGAGGAACAACCCACGCAACCACAACUAGUACCCGCGAUAGUCGAGCCAACAGAAAAACUGGCGAUUCACGUGCCACUCUUCACCAAAGUUUACAGCUUGAAAUCAACAAAAUCCCAGCAGUCUAAACACCGGAAAAAUAAAGCUGGAUCACAGUCCCCAAUUACUCGCUACAAACUUUCCUUCCUUCCGGCUUACGGUUUAGUGAUGCACUGACACACUGUAGCAACCCAACCCAAUCACUUUUCCAUUAACGCCAUCAAAUGUGCAAAUAGCCGCAACAGUUAUUUUGUUUGUCAAUAAUGAUGCUCAUCGGGAUAAAAGUGCAAUGUACACUUGUACAGGUUCAAAUUCAUGAAAUAAAAAAAAAUCGAUAAACGAAAGGCGAUGCAAACGCGAAAAGGUGUCGAUGUGGGGGAAGGUCCCUCUUGAAAAGCAUUCAACAAUCUUGGUUGUGAAACAUUGGUUGUUUGUCGGAAAAUCAUUCCAGUUUUGUUCCUCCAAGAAAAUCAAAAUGUUUACUUUUACAAACAGUGAUAGAGUUGCAAAUAACUGUUGAAACUACAACGAUUAAUUCUGAAGCACGAAAUAGUUUUUCAAAUCUUGCUUGGCAAAAUAAAAUGUUAUGUCAUGUCAUGUUUUCUAGUGUCAACAUGAUUUUUUUCACCUAAA